AUGCCUACUGCAAACCAUGCAACCGAGUCUUCAAAUCUCAACAGAGCUUUCAGCAGCACCAGAAAGAUUCCCCGGCUCACAUCAAAUUUCCCGGAAAGCCCCAGGGGCCAGUUCAUCCUAAUCCAAAGGCAUGGACAAUUUCAUCGGCUCGCCUCCACCCUUCGGCGGAACAACGACUUGAUCUUCCCGUCCAGGCUCUUCAACAUACCGGCGCACUCGGCCCUGCCCCCAUUAACGGCACCAUCCCCACCCCAAGGCCAGCGCAACCCCCCUUUCUCCAUUACCCCCCCAUCAGCCACCAUCCCCCAACCUCCCCAAGCAACACCAACGCCAACACCAGCAACAACAGGAACAGCACCCGCACCGCCCCGCCUCACCCACCGCGGCAUAACCUACACCACCCUGACCCCGGCCCAACAAACCGCCCUCCACCCCCUCCUCCUCGCCCGCUGCCACACCCGCAAGCGCCUCUCCAUCGAAGGCUACGACCUGGACCCCCGCCCGCCCGCCACCAUCGCCCCGCCGCCGCGCGACCCCCACAACAACAACAACCCGCCCCGCCACCACCACACAGCAGCAGCGGCAGCGGUGGUGCUCGACUGCGAGAUGGCCGGCACAUCCGCGGGGGACUACCCGAUCGCGGUGUCGGUGGUGGAUUUCUUCACGGGGGCGGUGCUGGUGGACGCGCUGGUGCGGCCGGGGGCGGGGGUGGUGGUGCAAGACUGGCGGAGCGGGAUCACGGGGAUUGGGGCGGCGCGGAUCGCGGAUGCGGGGAGGGCAGGCAGUGGAGAUGGGGAGCCGUUGGCGGGGCGGGAGGGGGCGCGCGAGGCGGUGUUGCGGUUUGUGGAUGGGGAGACGGUAGUGGUGGGGCAGGCGGUGAGGUUUGACUUGAGGGCGUUAGGGAUUGUGCAUGGGCGGGUGGUGGACUCGGCGGUGCUGGCGGCGGAGGCGUCCGGGAGGUUUGGGGGCGUGGCGGGGGGUGGUGGGGUACAUAGGAAGAUUAAGUGGUGGGCGGGGCUGGAGGAGUUGUGUAGGGAGUUAUUGGGGAUGCGGAUUCGUGGGGGGGAAGGGCAGUCGCAUGAUAGUUUGGAGGAUGUGCUGGCGACGAGGGAGCUUGUGUUGUGGUGCUUGGAGAAUCCGGACCAGUUGAAGGCGUGGGCGGCGAUGCGUUGGGGUGUGAAGGCGAAAAAGGGUUGGAGGACUCCGCAGGGGAGGAAGGGCGAUAGUGGGAGGAACAAAAAUUGGUGGACAUGGGCGCAAAGGACCUACGGGCACGACUCGGAUGAUGAUCAGAUGCUUCGUUGGGAGGAUGUGGUCGACUACGCGUGCUGGCCCAAGUCUCCACCCGACUGGUCCGACUGA